ACAGCACAAAGAACUGUGAAAACCAAAAACAAAAGUAACAUAGAUUAACAUAAAUUGUUAUCCAUGGCGGAAAUCUCCGAAUCACCGUCGAAACGGUUCAAAUCACCCGUUGUCGAUGACAGGAUCAGUCACCUCCCCGAUGUCCUUCUCGUCCAAAUCCUGUCACUUCUUCCCACCAAACAAGCCGUCGUCACCGGCAUUCUCUCCAAACGGUGGCGCCCUCUCUGGCCCACCGUCACCGUCUUUGACUUCGACGACGAGUCUCCGUCGGACCGGCCCGAAUCGGACCGGAGAGACGACCUGAAAGCCCGCAACCCGACCGGGUUUGCCGAGUUCGUAUACUCCGUGCUCCUCCUCCACGACGCGCCCACAAUCACGCGCUUUCGCCUCCGCUGCGCGAACCCGGAGUGUUCCGCGCGCGACAUCGCCGCGUGGCUGGUACACGUGGCGCGCAAGAGAGUGGAGCACGUGGAUUUGAGCCUCUCCCUCUCGCGCUACGUGGCGGUCCCUCGACGGCUCUUCAACUGCGACACCGUUUCGGUGAUGAAGCUCAACGGGGUGUUCCUCAACGCGCUCGCCUCGUUCUCCGUGCAUCUCCCUCUGCUGAGAGUUUUACACGUUGGAGAGAGGGUUUUGUUUGGGUGCCACGAUUACGUGGUGAAGCUUCUCGCCGGGUGCCCCGUGCUCGAGGACUUGGUGCUCGAAUCCACCUAUAAUGAUGCUUGUGGAGGACUCGUUUGUUCCGAUGGAAAUUUUGAGCUCAAUUUGAAGCAUUUGUCACGUGCCAAAAUUGGGUUUUCUUGGAAGGAGAGGUGCCAGAAAUCCAUGCUUAUUGUUUUCCAAGCGCUUUGUAAUGUUAGGUGCCUCUCGCUUUUGCCCUCCACUGUUGCGUGUCUGAAGCAUGCUUCUGCGGGUGAUAUUCCGGUGUUUGACAAUUUAAUCAAGCUGGAAAUUUCAUUUGGAAAUUAUUCUUGGGAUUUGUUAGCGAACUUGCUUCAACGAUCCCACAAGCUUGAAGCUCUUAUGAUUUAUAAGGAACCACAAAAAUAUGCAAAGGGACAAGAGUCAAGAUGGAACCAUCCACUGCUUGUUCCUGAAUGCCUUUUGUUGCAUCUCAAAACGUUCUGCCUCAGAGAGUAUCAAGGAUUGGAAACUGAGCUGGAUUUUGUUGGGUAUAUUAUGCAAAAUGCCAGAGUGUUGGAGACAAUGACUAUCUACUUAUCAAGUUCCUUAGGCUUAGACGAAAAGCUCCAAAUUCGCAGGCAUUUAUCUAUAAUUCAAAGGAACUUUGAAACCUGUCAAAUUGUAUUCCAUUGAAGUGUAUAAGGAAAACCAAGUACACCACCAGUUUCAAGUGCGGACAUUAUUCUCUUGUAGUGAUGGUAUUGCAGCAAUUUGCUGAUAUCAAAGUUUGACGGAGCCUAUUUUGAUCUGAACAGUAUAAUGUUCCAGGGCCUUCGUUUUUUGUUGUGUUGCUAAUAGUCUUUGUUAUUGUGAAUACUUCUAGUUGGUCUAGGAAUUGAACAGUGAGCUAAGGCUCGUUAUAGGCUGUAACAUGAAUACUUGUCUUACCUAAAGAAGUUACCUUAACAUACUGCUAUGAGGGAAAAAUCUGUAACCAACUUGUAUUCCAUACUUUAAAAGUUCAAAAUAGCUGUGACAUUUAUUAUUUGACUGUAACAUGGAUAGCUUUCUC